AUGAGCGAACUGAACACUGUUUCAACGAACUCUAGUGAUUCCACCAAGAACGGUGGUACUUCCAAUAGCCCCGAGGAUAUGGACCCUGCUGCAGCUACCAGUCAUGCAAUGAAGAAAAGAACAAAGGCUUCUCGUGCAUGUGAUCAAUGCCGCAAGAAGAAGAUUAAAUGUGACUAUAAGGAUGAAAGGGGUGUCUGCUCAAACUGUCAAAGAAACGGAGAUCGUUGUAGUUUUGAAAGAGUUCCUCUGAAAAGAGGGCCCUCAAAAGGCUAUACGAGGAGCGCUAGCCAUCCAAGAACUAAUGAAGUGCAAGAGUAUAACAGCACAAAAUCGUAUAACACAUUUGAAAACAGUAAUAGUACGAACAGUAAUAUGACCAACAACAAUGGCGUCAAUAGCAAUACCGUUCCAAGUACCCCUUCGAGGUCAAACUCGGUUCUUUUGCCUCCACUGACACAGUAUAUUCCUCAAGCUGGCGGCAUGCCUCCCAGUUUUCCGAAUACAGCGAUUCAAUCAACUAUGCCCGCCGGUAAUAUUGGUCAGCAGCAGUUUUGGAAAGUGCCCUACCAUGAGUUUCAACAUCAAAGAAAGGGGUCUAUUGAUUCCUUGCAAAGCGAUAUCUCGGUAAAAACCAUGAAUCCGAACGAACAACUGUCUUAUAAUACUGUACAACAGUCCCCCAUAACGAAUAAAACCACGAAUGAUUCUGGUAAUACAAACGGAAGUAUCACCGGCUCAGGUAGCGCUUCUGGUAGUGGUGGUUAUUGGUCUUUUAUAAGGACGUCCGGUUUACUAGCUCCUACUGAUGAUCACAACGAGGAGCAAACAAGAAGAUCAAGUUCUAUACCCUCUUUGCUACGAAAUACCUCAAAUUCUCUUUUAUUAGGUGGCCAGCCUCAACUCCCCCCUCCUCAGCAGCAACCGCAGCCGCAAUCGCAGCCUCAAUUGCAACAACCAAAGUCGCAGCAAGGACAGAAUCUCUACUCCUACUCUCAGUUUUCUCAGCAGCAACCAUACAAUCCAUCCAUAUCAUCUUUUGGACAAUUCGCUGCUAAUGGCUUCCAUUCCCGACAAGGGUCGAUCGCCAGUGAAGCUAUGUCCCCCAGUGCGCCUGCUAUGUUUGCCAGUACAUCAGCAAAUCCCGGCAGUGCUGUACAGCAAACACCAAGGCCUCAAGGUCAACCAGUGCCCCAAUUUUCAUCGAAUUCGGACGUAAAUAAAAGAAGACAAUCGGCUCCGGUAUCAGCAACGCUGUCCGCAGACAGACUGAAUGGAAAUGAAAAUAAUAAUGGUAAUAUGAAUAACAAUAACAGUAGCCAUAAUAGCGGCUCUUCCAAGGAGUUAUCUCAGCAUUCCCAAGAAUCUGUAACAACACCGGCAGUUUUAGAAGUGUCGAGCCCCGGAUCUACACCGCAGAGAAGUACGAAAAAACGCAGGAAAAGUUAUGUUUCCAAGAAGGGAAAACCAAAGAGGGGCUCGUCUAUUUCCAUAUCAUCGGAAGGUUCUUCUCACCCGAUGUCCUCUUCUUCGACAAUAGUGUAUGGGCAAAUAUCCGAUGUGGACUUGAUCGAUGCCUAUUAUGAGUUUAUACACGUGGAGUUCCCCAUCAUACCUUUGAACAAAACGACUCUGACUAACGAUUUGCUGCUAGUUAACACUCAGCCAAUUUCCAAUAUACACGAAGUUAAUUCCUAUGUUAUUUUGUGGUUUAGAAACUCAAUGGAACUGUUGGUUCGUGUGGCUUUGAAACAAAAACCGGGUGGGAAAUUUUUUGACGAUAUCGUUGGCAUGCCUUUACCUGCUGGGAACGACAAUAACAAAACUGCAUUUACCACGGCUGCGGCAAGAGAGGAUGCCGAGAAAACAAGACAUGGCUCAAAUAAUGAAGUACAGGAGACUUUAGAAGUGCAAAGUGUUUUCAUUGCAGCUCUGAAUGAAUGUUUCCAAAAAAUUGUGGAUAUUCAUCCUAAAUUCAGAGAGAAUAACGACCAAAUUUCGCCAAAAAUCAAAGUUAUCUAUUUAUCCACUUUUAUUCUAUUAAAUUAUAUCUUGGCGUUUGUUGGAUACGACAACUCAUUUGUUCUGGGAAUGUCAGUGACAAUUUUCAACGAAUUCAAACUAUACAAAUUACUACUGUUUCCUGGGACGGAUAUGGACGACGCGACAGCCGCGGUUGGCGGCGAAGAUACCCCGGGAAAUGAGAACGUGAAGCCGUCGGAAUAUGAGAUAGGAUCCGGAAGUGCUGGGCACAUAAAUCCAUCCAAUUCACCAAAUUCCAUGGACGAAGACAUGAGCCACUAUUCCGUGCUGUUCAAAAGAUUAUACGUUCUACUUUCUGUUUUUGAUUCCUUGCAAAGCUGUGCAUUUGGUGGGCCCAAACUGUUAAACAUAUCCAUCCAAGGCUCCACGGAAAGGUUUUUUUCCAAUGAUCUAGCUUCCAAGUGGUGCCUGGAGCAAAGCCAACCGAGACUGAAAUGUGUUCUGCAAAGUUUAAAAUUGGGCGAAUUAUUGAGUGAGCUAACCAGGAAUAGAAUAUCAAUGAAUGGGAUUAGGAAGCCCGGGUUCGACACCACCAAAUCGUCUUUAUUUUUGUCGGAAUACGUGGAAAGCCAACCCAUAUCAGUGGCGCAAUUAUUUUGCAAACUGUUGAUUGGUAAGCACAACUUCAUCAAUCGCUUGCUAUCACUGUAUGAUAUGGAAACAGGUGUUUAUCUGCAGCUGACCUUGGACCUCAGUUCGAAGCUAGCAGACUCUCUGUGUUCGCUGAUAUCAAUAAUCUUGCAAAUAUUAACCCUGGUAUUAAGACUGAACCCUACAAACAGUAUUGACUUCAAUUAUAGACCGCCGAACCCACCCACCAACGACUCCACCGUACAAGAGACAUCAUCCGCCGUCGCUUCAUCCACAGCACCCGGAAAUGCUGACCCUACAGCUGCAUCCGAGGGGAGCCCGGACUUUUACAGGAAACUGCUGGGCUUGAAGCAAGACACCAGGACUAUCCUUUCAGACCUGUGUCGGGGAGUAGUCUCGCCCUUUGCAAUCGGCAUACUGCAUGAGGUCUACAACAUCACCGAACUGGUCAAGCAGAUGCCCACGUCGCUGAUCAGUAUUAUGAUGACAGCCACCACAACCCAAAACAGUCAGGACACCAAGAAGUCGCAAGACCUCGUCAUGAAGCUGUCAAACUCCAUGAACGAAGUAGUGCAGAUCACCAGCGUGCUUACAAUGAUCAAACCGUUCAAGAUCUUCGAGCACGAGCUCAACAAGCCCAUGAUGUCCUCCACGGGGGGGCUUUCACCUGCCGCCGGAAAUGAGCUCUUGUGGACAGGGUCAGGCCAAAGCAUCCGCGAGACGUCAGUUAUGAAGACAUUGUUCGGCGAACGCCGCACCUCCAACACACAGACAGCGCUGGUGUCUGAAACUGCGCCAGAGCCCGGGCUCGAGAACCUUGCCCUCGAGAACUUCGUCAGUAUCGGCUGGAAGCUGCUAGAUGAUUCCGAGCUGGGCUGGUACUAA